CAGAUUACACAUUCAGUCGGAUAAGUUUCGUGAAUCGCAAUUCAUUUUUCUCUUAGAAAAAUUGCACAAACAAAGUAAAUCUAAAUGGAAUCUGAAGUCAAAAAGCCUUUCCUCAUAGGUGUUGCUGGAGGCACAGCGUCAGGAAAGAGUACUGUAUGUAAACGAAUAAUUGGAAAGCUUGGGCAAGCUGAAGUAAACGAUCAGCAACGUCAAGUCGUUUCGAUAAGUCAAGAUAGUUUUUACCGUGAGUUGACCCAAGAAGAGAAAUUGCGAGCUCAGAAAGGUCGAUUCAAUUUCGAUCAUCCUGACGCUUUUGACGAGAAAUUGAUGUACACGACAAUGAAGGAUAUCCUUGAAGGAAAGAAAGUUACAAUCAAUUCUUAUGACUAUCGAACCAACUCAAUUUGUCCUAACAAAACUGUCACAAUUUAUCCUGCUGACGUUGUACUCUUCGAAGGGAUUCUUGUCUUCUACUUUCCAGAGAUUCGUGAAUUGUUUCACAUGAAACUGUUUGUUGACACAGACUCCGAUACAAGACUUGCCCGACGUGUCCCUAGAGAUAUUAACGAACGUGGACGUGACUUGGACCAAGUUUUAAAUCAAUACAUGCUGUUUGUUAAGCCAGCAUUCGAAGAAUUUUGCAGUCCAACGAAAAAGUUCGCUGAUGUCAUAAUUCCUCGUGGUGCUGAUAACACUGUUGCGAUCGAUUUGAUUGUCCAUCACAUAAACGAUAUUUUACAUCCGACUGCAAGCUUAAAUGGACUCAACGGACAUUCGAAUGUUGCGAUCGAUUUGAUUGUUCAACAUAUUCGAGAUUUUCUCAGCAACCGUUUGAGUCUCGACGCUUUAACUCUCUCACCCACCUCCACGCCUGCUUUGAAUGGGGCUGCUAUUAAUGGCUCACGAGGUAAGAACAUUUUCUUUAAUGGUGAUCCCAACUAUCGACCUCAUUAAAUAACAUGAGAUAAAACUUCACCAUUUAACAAAGAAAACGAAAAUAUUCAUUUUAAUUUGAUGCCAAAGUCGCACCGCUGUCCUUCAUCACAUCUUAAGAUUUUUUUUAAAGUUUGUCUUUAAGUUCAAAGUAAACAAAAAACAAAAAUUUUAGACAAUUAUUUAACUCUAGUUUAAUUAAUUUUUUGCUUGUAAGCAUCCAUCAACCAACCAAACCCAAUCAUCAUUGUGUAAAAAUGUAAUUUAUAUUUUUUUCUCAUUUUUAAAUGUCGCAGAAAAUCCUUUGCUGUGAAAGGAGUAACUGCAUUAAUAUUUCUUUCUGUAGCCUCUGAUGCUUUGCUGAUUAACCAAAAAAAUAAAGAAACAGACACAAAUAAUUAACUAUCAAUAACUAGAUUCAUAUUUAAUUAAGUAGACACUCACAAGUUCUAAUGAAAUAAUUCUAACUUUAUUUUACAUAAAUUCGUACAUUUUGUUUGUAGUCGUAACAUAAACAAGAUACAGAAAAAGUUUAAAACAUGUAGGUAGAUUACAAUAACAUUAAUUCAGCAUUCAACUUUUGCUGACUUAAAAUCGCUCGAAAACAAUGCAAAAAAAACUUUGAAAUUUCAUAUCCAUUCUUAAUGAAAAAGAAAAUUUGAUUUUAAAAAUGUCUAAUUAAGAUUAUUAAUUCUUGUUUUGAUGUGUUAUUUGCAUCUUUUUUAUGUUUUUUUGAUGUUAUCUAGUCAGAUUUAAAGCCAGCUUACAUUGAAGUAAAAUAGUUUCGUUUUAAGCAUCCAACUGGAAAAAAUAAUCAACAUAAAGAAACAAAGAAAUGUCAUAAAUAAGAAUCAAAUUUAAAGAGAAAUUUAAAUAAUUAAUUACAGCAUGUAAGGCUUAUUAAGUUCAUUGCAAGAGUUUUGUUUUCGUGUUCCACGCUUUUAAAGUGUUUUGUGUUGUUUUACAAUUCGUUAAAACUAAUUUUUAAGAAAGAAAAGAUAUUUUGGGUUUGAACAUUUAUUAAAUUAUGAUUUUAAUUUAUUUAUUCGAUUUCUUUUUGUUUCUUUUAUUUACAUUCCUUACUUUCCAUUUUCAACUCAAGAUGAGUUUCUUCAAUCAGCUUUAAGAAGAUUCUCUUCAUCCGUUAUCAAUAGAAAGCUCUUUACAAUACUCUAUGAUCGCCACAUUUAAAAUAUUAAAUUGCUUUAAUUAUUGAAGAAGAAAAGUUAAUAAUCUUGUACAGGAAAAAGUAAAUGUCGAAUUUUAUUUUCAUUUCUUUGUUUUUAGAAAGCAGAAAUAGAUAUUUAGUUCAUUUUAUCGUUUAUUACAAUUUAUUAUUUUAGGAGAUCUCUGGACGAAUUAUAUUUGGUUAUGAGUAAAUUUAAUUUACCUUAAAAACAUUUUAUUUUGACGUCAAUUGACAUACAUUUUAUUAAAAGUAAAACUCAAACUCUACAUAGAUAGUUAAAUAUCUUUCAAAAAAUAUUUGGAUCUGUAUUUGAGAAUAAAUUUUGAGAAUAUUGAAAGCAUCAUUGAAGUUUACAAUGAAAAAUAUCUUGAUGAUGCUUUUAAAAGUUCUUUUAAAUAUUUUAGAUAAAUGAUUAGAAAAUUUUAAGAAAAUUGUGAUGGUUGCACACUUGAAAAAUGUAAAGAAAGAUUUUUCUUGAAAUCCAUGAAUAAAAAGCCAGAUAUUUUC